AUCUCAAACGAACGCAGAGUACUUUGUUUGUUUAUUCUGUUGUCAAUGUUGUUGUUGUCUCUAUAUUUGUAUUUAUAUAAAAAUAUAUACAAAAUUUUAUUAUAUCUUUUAUGGUCAGGAAGAUCAAAAUAAAAAUUAAUUUUGACUUCGUGACAGUAAAAGAAUAAACACUAAUAUCAACACAAACCCUGAGUUCGUAAUUGUUGAACAUAAAGCAUUGUAUGUAUAAAAAAGAGCUGUAUUCAUUGUGUAUAAAACGAGGAUUGGUAUCAGAUACGGAAAGGUAAGCCAAAGUAACAGACCCUUAGAUGCUCAACAGUUAUGGCAGAUGAUGAAGAUGUUGUAGAGGAGGAGCCAGAAACAGUUGGUGGUACUGGUGACAGUGAACUUGGUAUCAGUCCAAUAGAGGCAGUGAAACCGUUAGCUCCACCAAAGUAUGAAGUACGACCUAGUCUUGGAGAGAAAUUUCAGGCCCAAAAUAUACGCGACAUCAUAUUGUCGACGAUGCAAGAACAACUGACAGGGCGGCAGUAUCGCGCUGACCAAGCUCCACGAUGGGCUAAAGUAAUAGCCAAUGCUGUCAGACAGCGUGUACAAGAACUUGAUAUGAAGAGGUACAAAAUAUUAGUUCAGUCGACGAUAAUAGAAAUGAAAGGGGCAGGAAUUAAGUGCGGACAACGAUGCAUUUGGGAUCCAGAGACGGACGACUAUAUUGAUGAUCUGUUCAAGAACGACAGUCUAUUUUGUUAUACGAUUGUUUACGGUGUCUAUAUGUAUUAGAUAUAUAUAUAGAUGCACUGUAAUGUUUUAAUGAAAAUGUAAAAUUACAUGUAACCAAUUUUCUGCUGAGAAGUUUUGAACAAGGCAGUAGUUGUGAAUUGCAUUAGAAGCACUUGGCACUUGAAUUUUUUGUUGAUAAUGUUAUUAUGCACGGCACCAGUGAAUUAUAAAAGGAUUAUGAAAUUAAGUCGGUUACUCUAUUCUGUUGACUUCAUCAAGAAUUAAAUAGCAUGGUUUCCAGAAGGAUGGCCUGGAAGGUACAGCCUGAUAAUAAUAAUGAUAUACCCUAUAAUGGGACCAAUAUUGAUUACUGACAAUUCCUGGAUUUCAACGUAAGUCUUUGGUUACUCUAUAUAAGGAACUUGGAGUGCAAAUAAUAAAUAGUUGUUGAAAUAAUUAAGUAAUAAAAUGUAAGGCUGAAUUUAGCUAAUAAAUUUUUUGUUUAAUUGGA